AUGGCACGCAAACACCACGUCGGACCCUCAACCUCCCGCUUAAAAUGGUCCAACUCGACUCCUCCAGUCUGCACCGUUUCUCCAGGGGAGAUCGUAACAUUUGAUCUCCUUGAUUCUUCCGGCGCUCAAGUAACACCAUCUUCCACAACGUCCGACUUGUCAAGUCUAGAUCUUGCAACUUUUGAUCCCAUCUUCGGACCAGUGUACAUAGAGGGCGCCAAGCCCGGCGAUGUUCUUGAAAUCGAGGUCCUCUCGCUCGAGACAGGCGAAUGGGGCUUCACGGGGAUAUUCCCCAACUUUGGCCUCCUAGCUUCGGAAUUCCCGGAUACACAUCUUUUAAAACACUAUACGUGGUCGAACACCGACAGCUCUAUUACUUUCAAACCAGGGAUCAAGGUUCCCCUCCGUCCAUUCCUGGGCGUUGCGGGCGUAGCACCAGCUGAAGACGGCGAGUUCUCCACCAUUCCGCCUCUCGAAACAGGAGGCAAUAUAGACUGCAAACACAUAACCCAGGGCACAAAGCUUUAUCUUCCUGUAAGAGUGUCUGGAGCUCUGUUCAGCUGUGGUGAUGGGCAUGCAGCCCAGGGAGACGGCGAAAUCUGCGGUACGGCGAUCGAGACGCCAAUGAAGGCCACCUUGCGAUUCAACGUUAGAAAAGACAUGCCAUACGUUACAAGUCCGCACUACGACACUCGCGGCUCAUCACACGGGAGUGUGCAAUCUGAUCUCGCCGUGUAUGCUGUUCUUGGUAUCGACUCAGACCUAUUGGAGGCAAGCAAAAAGGCCAUGAGGUCCCUCAUUGCAUACCUGGUUUCAACAAAGGACUUGACGAAGGAGGAGGCAUACAUGCUCUGCAGCAUCGCGGCGGACUUGAAAAUCGCCGAGAUUGUAGACUUGCCAAACUUUGCUGUCUCGGCCAGCAUUCCAUUUUCCAUCUUUGAGGAUGUAUAG